AUGCAAGAUCUAGUGACUCGCAAGAAGUUUGAAUCUAAACGUAGGGAAGGCUCCCUUUCUUUGACCCAGUUGUAUGCCUUUGGGUUCAUAACUCUGACUCGCGGCCUGGACGCCAGGGAGCCUCUGAGCAAGCAGUUUCUGUCGGAGGAGAACACAGCCACCCAUUUCUCUCAACUCAGCCUGCACAAUGACCACCCCUACUGCAGCCCCCCUAUGGCCUUCCCCCCGGCCCUGCCCCCACUCAGGAACUCUUGCUCUGAGCUGCUUCUCUGGCGAUACCCUGGCAGCCUCAUCCCUGAAGCCCUCUGGCUGCUAAGGCAGGGGGACACCCCCAGUCCCUCCUACCCUGCCACCCCAGCUGGGGACAUAAUGGAGCUCUGAGUGCUAGUGGACAGCACCCCUCCCACCUUCCUUCUUCCCCACAACAGAAGAGACCAGCGACUCCCGCAAAGGGACAAGGAGCCUCCGUCUCCUCCAGACCAGGCAUCUGGGCACCAAGACCUUCCCUCAACAGAGGACACUGAGCACAAUGAAGCUCUGGGAUGAGAGGGCUGGGAGCAUGGGAAGGGAGGCAUCCCACCCCCAAGAAGAACUGAAUAAAGAUUGCUGAG